AUGGUAAACUGGAGGAAGAAAUUUACAUGCAACAACCACAAGGUUAUGAUGAUGACACAGGCCAUGUCUGCAGAAGCAAGCAGCACAAUUAUGGAAAAUUUAAUCGUUUUAUUUCACGUGGAUGAUGGAUUGUUAAUGGGACCUGGUGAAACAGUUCAUAAUUACACAAAACAGUUACAUGUAGAGUUUGAUAUGGUAGUAGGUGAAGUGGAUUGUUAUCUUGGCUUGCAAGUCCAAAGAUUUAAUGAUUGUAUGAAGAUUAAUCAGACUGCAUAUGUGAAAAAACUGUUAGCCAGGUAUCAUAUGACUUAUGCAAAGCCAAUAUCAUUACCAAUUGCGCCUGAUUGGAUACCUGGUAAUUCACCACCAGCUACUGAUACCAACACUUACCAAGAAAUUAUAGGCAGUCUCACAUAUUUAACAUUGGGGACACUUCCAGAUCUAGCUUAUGCUGUAAAUGUUGCUUCAAGAGCAUAA